CUAGAGACGUGUUUUGAGCGGCUGACACAUUUUCCGUGUUCAGCGGAUCGAGCGGAGUACGCCACACUAGUUUACAGUUCAGUGCGAAAAACAAACCCAAAAAAAAAACAGUAAAAACUGGCUAGAUAAAGAGAAGACAACGGUACAAAGUUAACCCAAAGGCAGACAUUCAUUUCAGAGGGCAUAACCCCUUUUCUUUUUGUCUUUUGGCCAUCUUUCAAACGAAACACACAAAUACACUGGCGUGCAUAUGGCAUAACACGGGCCGAAAAGGAUUUUCAUUAGCCUGAUUGUGUGUGUGAUUAAGUGAAGUUUUGGUGAAAAAAUCAAGAAUUUAACGCAAGCAGUUUCCCCAAAUUUAUUUGCAGUUUAAAAAAAUUGGUAAAUAGCAGAAUCGGAGAAGUUUUUAAGAAACAAAAAUCAUAAACAGUGACAUGUAGUGAGCGGCUGAAGGCAGCAUUUUUAGCGCACAAAAACUUCAAACAAACGCCGGAGCCGGAGAACAAAAGCCGAGCAGCCGGAACGGGCGCUGCAAAAGUGCAACAGCUGCACGGGAAACCCAACAGAAGACCCCAAUUCCAGUCCGUAUCCAAACAGUCGGGCUCAGAUUCAGAUUCAAAUCCAAGUUGCUAGCUCCGUGACUGCGUGACUCCGGGUUCCGCAUUCCGCAUUCAGCAAUCCGCAGCUGCUGCGGCGGGAGAAUGUGUAGUGCAGCACACGGGCGGCAGCUUCAAGUGGCAUUUGUGGCAUUGGCAGCGUUGGCGAACCCAACCGGAUAAUAAGUUGUGGAUGCGGCUUGCAGCGCCGGCCAGGCAUCCCCGUUUCGCCAGAGACACCAGUUCCGCCGUUCCGCAGAUCCGCAGUUCGAGUUACCCACUGGUGUGCAGAAGUCGCCAAGUGUGAAUUUCGAAUUCCAAAUUCCGAAUUCUACGAGUCGCGCGAAUCGCCGCCAAGAGGAUUGCAAACAGAGCCAGUGACGUCAGGCCAAAGUAGGACAUCUCCCAUCGUCAUCGCCAGAAGUCGCCGCCCUGCGCAUCCGCGUCAUGGCCUCCGUUCGGCAGAGCACCUCCCUGCCCCUGCCCAUGUCCUUGCCCCUGCCCCUGCCCCUCUCCCUGCCCAUGUCCCUGCCCCCCAGCCUCGCCCUGCCCCUCGUCCUGCUGCUGUCGCUGCAACUGUCCGGCGUCUGCGGCGUCAUCGAUCGCUUGGUGGUGCAGACCACCUCCGGACCCGUCCGCGGUCGCUCCGUAACGGUCCAAGGCCGGGAGGUGCACGUCUACACGGGCAUCCCCUACGCCAAGCCGCCCGUCGAGAACCUGCGCUUCCGGAAACCGGUUCCGGCGGAUGCCUGGCACGGCGUCCUCGACGCCACCCGGCUGUCCGCCACCUGCGUCCAAGAGCGUUACGAGUACUUCCCGGGCUUCUCCGGCGAGGAGAUCUGGAACCCCAAUACGAAUGUGUCCGAGGACUGCCUCUACAUCAAUGUCUGGGCGCCGGCGAAGGCCCGACUCCGCCAUGGGCGGGGUGCCAACGGGGGCGAGCACGCCAAUGGCAAGCAGGCGGACACAGACCACCUGAUCCAUAACGGCAACCCGCAGAACACGACCAACGGACUGCCCAUCCUGAUCUGGAUCUACGGAGGCGGCUUCAUGACCGGAUCGGCCACCCUGGACAUCUACAACGCGGACAUAAUGGCCGCCGUGGGCAACGUGAUAGUGGCCUCCUUCCAGUACCGCGUGGGAGCCUUUGGCUUCCUCCACCUGUCGCCGGAGAUGCCCUCGGAGUUCGCCGAGGAGGCCCCCGGCAACGUGGGUCUAUGGGAUCAGGCCCUGGCCAUCCGCUGGCUGAAGGACAACGCCCACGCCUUCGGCGGAAACCCGGAGUGGAUGACCCUCUUCGGGGAGUCGGCGGGAUCGAGUUCGGUGAACGCACAGCUCAUGUCGCCGGUCACCAGGGGUCUGGUCAAGAGGGGCAUGAUGCAGUCGGGCACCAUGAACGCCCCCUGGAGCCACAUGACUUCCGAGAAGGCGGUGGAGAUCGGCAAGGCGCUGAUCAACGACUGCAACUGCAAUGCCUCCAUGCUGAAGACCAAUCCCGCUGACGUGAUGAGCUGCAUGCGGUCGGUGGACGCGAAGACCAUUUCGGUGCAGCAGUGGAACUCCUACUCGGGCAUCCUCAGCUUCCCCUCGGCGCCGACCAUCGAUGGAGCCUUCCUGCCGGCGGAUCCCAUGACGCUGAUGAAGACGGCGGAUCUGAAGGACUACGACAUCCUGAUGGGAAAUGUCCGGGAUGAGGGCACUUACUUCCUGCUGUACGAUUUCAUCGAUUACUUCGAUAAGGACGAUGCCACGGCCCUGCCACGGGACAAAUAUCUCGAAAUUAUGAACAAUAUUUUCGGCAAGGCAACGCAGGCGGAACGCGAGGCCAUCAUUUUCCAGUACACCAGCUGGGAGGGCAAUCCGGGCUAUCAGAACCAACAGCAGAUUGGACGCGCCGUGGGCGAUCACUUCUUCACCUGCCCCACCAACGAGUACGCCCAGGCUCUGGCGGAGCGGGGCGCCUCCGUGCACUACUAUUACUUCACACACCGCACGAGCACCUCGUUGUGGGGCGAAUGGAUGGGCGUGCUGCACGGCGACGAGAUUGAGUACUUCUUCGGCCAGCCGCUGAACAACUCCUUGCAGUAUCGACCUGUGGAGCGCGAGUUGGGAAAGCGUAUGCUGAGUGCGGUCAUCGAGUUCGCCAAGACGGGCAAUCCCGCUCAGGAUGGCGAGGAAUGGCCGAACUUCUCCAAGGAGGAUCCCGUCUACUAUAUUUUCAGCACGGACGACAAGAUCGAGAAAUUGGCCAGAGGUCCUUUGGCGGCCAGGUGCUCGUUCUGGAACGACUACUUGCCAAAAGUCAGGAGUUGGGCAGGUUCAAGCUGCGAUGGAAAUUCGGCAAGUGCUUCCAUAUCCCCGAGGCUGCAUCUCCUUGGAACCGCUGCUCUGAUCUUCAUCUGCGCCGCAUUGCGAACCAAAGGGGUUUUCUAAAAGAAAACCACUACCGGCAGUUACCACACCCACACACACUGAAACACACACCCCAUCACCGCCACACACACACACAAAGACACCUAAUGUUAGAACACACGUAUAUUAAUAAAAUUUAGCAAACGAAAGGAAACCAAAUUUUUUGUAGGCGCAGACAUUUGUGUAGGAGCAGGAGAUUUGUUUACGGAACCUAGCAAGAUCGGUUUGAGCAAGUCGAUGGCAAUUGCUGAACAUUUGUAAAUUGAACUUAGAGCUCUACGCACCCCAAGGGGUCCGAGGAUUUCCGCGACUCCAGAGACCACUGUAGCCACAAGCCGUGCGCCAUAGGCCAGGCCUAAAACCAAAUUGUUUUUGUGUAGCACAACGCUAAAUUACUUCAUUUGAGAGAAAUUGGCCAAAGGACGGGCGGAAUUUUUGAUAAAUAUUAACGGAAAUAGUUGAAAAAUGUUUGUCAUGCCUUCGGGGGCAGCCAAAAAGAAACAAAGUUUACUCAGAUACGGAAAACUCGCUCAGACGACAUACACUUUUUGCCACGCCCACAAUUCUCGAGCGAUCUUUGAGCGCAUUUAAUGGCACAAUUUUUGCUUUUUAGUUCGAAAAAAGGUCCUUGUUGCCUAACGAUAUUUGGCCAAAUUGCAUUGGUUUCAUGCUUAGGUUGAGGGUUCGUUUGAUUUCGAUUUACUUUCCCAAGGAAACCCACACACGAAAAUUGUAACCACACAGAAGAAUUCUUAUGAGAAAACCCAAAUGGAACUUUUCGGAAAAUCAACAAUUGUAUUGUACAAAAAUUGGCAUUGGUUUAUUAGAAGAAAAAAAACGUGAACUUAAAACCAAACAAGUGGAUUAGUAAAUGUAGCCCCAAGUCGAGCACUACCCGAAACAAAUUUUUUCGAUGCGAACAAAGCGAAGCAAAUUGAUUAAUUGUAACAAAGAAUCGAAGGAAAAACGAGGUUUACGCGUUGUUCGGGGCGAAGACGAUAUUUAUAAUGCAAAACAUAUCAGUAUAUUAUUGUAUUUGUACUAAACGUUUUACAAAUUGGCUUAGUGAGAACUUUGAUAGAGGAAAAACGAAAUGAUUUAAUACUGAAUAAUGGUAAUUAGAAAUUUUAUACACAUAGCGAAAUUGGAUCAAUGAUUAACACAAACCGUAUUGUAUAAUGAGUAACGUAUAUGUACUUGGUAUGUCUAUAUCUAUAAAUAAAUAUUGUUCAAAACGUAAAACCACAAAAUGAAAAUGAAAAUGAAAAUGAAAACGAAAAUGAAAUGAAAAAUGAAAAACCCUAGAGUUCAGUGUGUGUCGCAGACUAAAUGAGAGCUAAUGAGUAAUCGUAAUUGUAAUCUGUAAUCGUAACCGUACUCUGUAAUCGUAUUAAAGGCAUAUCAAUAUGUAUUAACUAUGGAAAUCGAAAAACUUUCGAAAUUUACUAAGGUAAGCCACACUGAUAUUAAUUAAGUUAUUUUUAUCAACAAUUAUUAUAAUACCACACACUAUCUGAUAAUACAUAGAUUCAGCAAGUAUUAGACUUAUGAAGAACAACAACAACAUUAACUGUUUGCUAACACUUGAAAGUUUUAAAACCAACCAAUAAACGAGAAAGCCCUUAAACCGAUAACUAAGCAAAUUCCCGAUAAAUAAGCGAUUAUUGUAUUGUAUUGUAUUAGGUAUGAACUGUGGUCGAGGCCUACUGAGCGAUGUUCGCUUUCAACUGUAGCAAUUAGGAAAAUUUAUGUGACCCCUAGCCAGGUGGCGAAUGCACUUACACAGGACACUGUACUCGAUUCCGUUGUAGCCGAUACUACUCGUACACUCGACAUCAAUGCAAGCAACGAUAGCAGCCACUCCACUCACUUAGAAGUCCCCAUAGUUAUACGACAAUUGCACCGCGAUUAACAAAUUAUUCUAUAAUUGAGAAAAGCGAGAAGCGGAAAGAAUCGGAAGAUCAGCAAGAUCAGCAGAUCCACAAGGCAUUCCUAAGUUACGCAUUACUUUAGUAUCUUCUAAAAGGGACAAACAAGAGAACUAACAAACAAAUCGAAAACAAAUAAUAACACUGCAUGAUGCGAAAUAAUAACUUAAACAAAUGGAUUUUUUAAGUAUAUGUGGAACAUUUAUAUUUUUAUACCAUGCAAGAAGCGAAAUGAAAACAAAAACCGAAAUUGCGUAAAAUGGAGAUAUUAACAAACGAUGAAUAACUUUAAAAUUUUGUACUAAGCCAUUGUCUAAAACUGUGGACACGAUGAAGUGUGAGACGAACUCCAAGAUAACUAGCUUUAAUCCCUGUUCCCUAUCCCUAUAAUUGCACCACGUUCGCCUCUUAAUCGAAAUGGAAACAAAACAAAAAACUUAGGUAUAUAUAGUAACCGAUUCCAAGACUAGACUUGAUAGUUAAUCCAUUCUGUAGCGACGAGUGGGCCAAAGCGAGGGCUGCCUGUACCAAGGCCACGCCCACCUGGCCGGCCUCCAAGGUCAGGUGGUGUCGGAGGGCCAGAGGUCAUCCAAGGCAGUGUUUACUGUGCGCCCACUCGCAGAGAGCAUAGAGUUAAUGAAUAUCAAAGAGAAAAUACACGAGUUUACCGUGUAUUAUGCCUUCUGCCUUCGAAAAAAAGAGAAGUGAAAAGUACUCGUUUUACGGAUCCGUUGUUACCAUUUAUACGCAUUUUCCCCUUAUUUUCGUCUAACCCGAAAUUAGGAAUAUUUUUUUGUCAUUUUGCAUGGUUUUCGGCUCAAGCCAAAGAAUUGACAAUAUAAUAUUUCGCCUUAGAAGCAAAGGAGCAAACGAAUGAAAGACAAAUUCCAAGUGUUAUGCUUAUAGAUCUAAAUUUUUAUACAUGGACAUGGACAUGGACACUUCGUCGUCUCAUUUUUUGGUGAACGUGCACUAAUCGCUACUCGUAUGAUUUGUACAGAUUAUGGCUUUCGUUGCGGUUCUUCCAGGUCAUCUUUACGAGGUAUAUAUUUAUAUACAAAUAUAUAUAAACGAUAGGACAACCACUCACACAUACACAUGCACCCACUCUCACACGAACACAUCUCAGUGUGCUUUUGCUGUAGUAGUCUGCCAAUUGUAAAAGAAUUUAUAUAUAAACGAAUCGAAACGGAAACGGAAACACUCAUAUUCUAAUCUAUGAUAAUAAUGAAAGCAUGCUGGUCACUCACACAGACACGCGUACCCCCAAACACCCACACACACACACACACACAAACACUUAAUAGAAGGACGAAGCGUAGGAAUAGGAAACACAUGAGCAGAAUCCUUAGACGGUUAUUGUGUUUGUGUUUUGUAUAAAAAGAAAGCGAAACCAAAACCAAAACCGAAACCAAAUCGAAGAAGACAUAGUUCAAGUUUUUGUUUAUUGUGUAUUAAGGACAAGUUAAAAAUUGUAUCAGCUACGACAUCUGAUAAUAAAAUCGAAAUCUAGGUGGUAGACAAAACUCUCUGUACAAUGUAAUAAAUAUGUUGAUUGCUAUACAAUAGAAUACAAUACAAACUACACACUCGAACACGAAGAAUAUCUGAAUCUGAUGAAACCAAAACAAGAAACAAAAAAAUAUGAUACGAUAAAAACUGAAUAAACCAGGCACAGAAAUGCAUUUGACAUCACAACAAUUCUCACAACUAGAAUAAAGGAGGAGAAGCGGAGUUUAGUAAAUUAAAAACAGAGUCUUUUAUGUAUAAAAAUCAAAUACAUAUCAAUAUAUGGCCUAUUGUUUAUUUAGUUUAAUUAUAUAUUAUGAAUAACACACUCGAAGCAGCAGGUGUGCAGUAAGGCUCUGAUUUAUGACUUUUUAAGUAGGCAAUUUGUAUAAAUUAAGCAGCAAGCAAACACAAUACAAGCAGAAACAAGCCAGAGAACGGAAAACAAAAACAAAUUGUGGUUAAAUAUGUGUUCUUACUUGUUAGUGGUAAUAAAAAAAGGUAAAAGUAUAACAAACAAAUUAAGCAACAAACUGUAAUUAUAACUGUUAGCUUUUAAUCAUGCCAAGCAUUUUCCGUUCGAUUCCCCGAUAUUCUUUUCAAAAACUAGCUUUGAUAUAUGUUUUCACUUAGAACACACGGAUUAGCUUUUAUUGCAAGUGUAGUUGCCCCACACACACAAACACACACACUCUCACAUACCUUUGAGAACUCCCACAUACACACACAGACAAAUGUCCGGCUGAGUAAUUUGUAAUGGCUAUGGAACUACUUAAUAGCAAACAAACACUCGAGCCGGGCAUCACUAAUGCAAAUAAAGUUAAAAGGUAGCUAAAAAUAACAAAUAAGACAACUUUUGCUCACGCAAAAGAGCAAAAGUCAAGAGCAGAUCGGAAAUAAAUAAAUCGAGACUCAUAAAAGUGGAAGCGGACACCCAAACACAUGCAGUUAGUACAAUGGCAGCUCCAAAAGUCCUCAUCUUGUGUUCCAAAUUUGAAUAUAUAUAUCAUUUGAUGGCGACGCUUUAGUGUUCAGCAAAAGUAAACAAAUACAAACCAAAAAUUAACGCAGAAUUCUAUUUAAUGUAUAUGGCGAUGUUUGUUUGUGUGUCAAUAACGAAACGUUGUUAACGAUUAAAUUAUAAUUAUUAUUGUCGCAGAACUUACUUUAAAUUCAAGGAAGACGAAAUGAAAACUCAUUUCUUGAGGUGAAGACCUUGCGCAGACGACAGAUAACAUAUGCAAAACAUAAUUGCUGUUUUAAGAUAUUAACUAUAUAUAAUAUAUAUAUACAGACAUACAUCUAGAUUGAAAAAUAUGACAUGAGCAUACAAAAUGUAGGGAUCAUUUUACUGAAUAUUAUAUACAUACUACUACAUAUAAUCGAAACCAAGAAAUUCUGCUAAACAAAGGAAAAUUAAAAACAAAAAAAAAACCACAAUUGAAUGCUAAAUGUAAUACGAUUACUGAAACUCAAGAGAAAGUAAGCAACUACCAAGAGAAAAAGUAAUGUGUAAACAAUUGAAAUCCGCAUUGAAGCAGCAUAAAGAAUACAAAAAUUUAAGUGAAAUUAUAUUACGAAAUAUAUUGUAUAUCGAUACAAGAUGGAUACAAGUAAAAUAAAAAUAAAACUCAUGUAUCAUGUACUAAACAAACA